CGUUGUAGUUGUCCCUUUCUGUCUGAGUGUUUGACCAUAACAUUUGAUAGUCUACGAAGUAACUAAGUGUGCUUUUUUUUUUAAAAAAAAAUUAAGUGUGCUUUGAUCAACGGUAGAGAAUGUUGACGUCCAACUUUGAAGGGCUGGGCUGAUCUAAGGCUACUUGAGUGUCUGUGAUUGGGGAAGACGACUGUGAUUACAAUGGCGAAGGAUGAAGCCAAGGCAUCAGAUUUUUCCAAGGGACUGCUGCAGAGUGAAGAGCUCUAUAAAUAUAUAUUGGAGACCAGUGUGUACCCACGCGAGCCGGAGGCUCUCAAGGAGCUUAGGAACAUUACUCAUAACCACCCUCGAGCUUUGAUGGCUACUGCACCUGACGCUGGCCAGUUGAUGGGGAUGCUGUUGAAUCUGGUAAAUGCAAGGAAGACGAUCGAAGUUGGGGUUUUCACUGGAUACUCUCUUCUCCUCACUGCGCUUGCAUUACCAGAAGAUGGCAAGGUUAUCGCCAUUGAUGUGAACAGAGAAUCGUAUGAAAUAGGAUUGCCUGUUAUAAAGAAAGCUGGUGUUGAACACAAAAUCGAUUUCAGAGAGUCUAAAGCUCUUCCAGUCCUUGACGAGCUUUUAAACGAUAAAGCGAACGAAGGUGGAUUCGAUUUUGCAUUUGUGGAUGCAGACAAGGUGAAUCAUUGGAACUACCAUGAGAGGCUUAUGAGACUCAUCAAGGUUGGUGGGAUUAUAGUGUAUGACAACACUCUCUGGGGAGGAUUGGUUGCUGAACAGCACUCUUCCAUUCCCGAGUGGAGGAAAGAAGGCAAGAAAGCAACCCUCGAGCUGAACCAGAAACUCUCGGCUGAUCAGCGUGUGCAGAUCUCGCAAGCUGCGCUUGGCGAUGGGAUCACUAUUUGCAGGAGAUUAUAUUGAGCUAUGAUGUGUUGCCAAAGCGUUGUUGUUCAUUGUUCUUGAUCUUCUGUGAAUGAGAGGAGACUAAUAUAUUCAAUAAAGAGGAACAAACCAAGAAACACACUAAACUCGUUGUAUGUUCUCUCUUGAUCUCUUAUUAAGUUUG